CCCGUCCGUCUCCAUGGCAACGGGCGCGGCCGCCAUGGCGGCACCCAGCGUGUUCCUGCUGGCCGUGAGCGGGGAGAUCGAGAGCGGGCAGUUCCCUGGAUUUGACGACCUCUACUGCAAGUUCUGCUUCGUCUACGGCCAGGACUGGGUUCCCACCGCGGGCCUGGAGGAGGGAAUCUCCCAGAUCACCUCCAAGAGCGACGUCUCGCCCACCACGCUCGUGUGGAACUUCCCCAUCGACAUCACCUUCAAGAGCACCAACCCUUUUGGCUGUGAGUGCUGGGGGGGGAUUUCCAGCUCCCAGACCAGCCCCCCUCUCACACCCCCUUUCCUUGCAGGGCCACAGAUUGUGCUGAGUGUUUACGGGCCUGACUUCUUCGGACACGACGUGGUCAGAGGUUAUGGAGCUGUUCACGUGCCCUUCACACCUGGAAGGCACAGAAGAACCAUUGCUAUGUUUGUUCCAGAGUCCACAUCGAGGCUGCAGCAGUUUACAAGUUGGCUCACAGGGAGACGCCCAGAAUUUACUGACCCCAAAGUUGUGGCACAGGGAGAGGGACGAGAAGUGACGAGGGUGAGAUCCCAAGGCUUUGUGACCAUUUCCUUCAACAUCAUGACCAAGGACCUGAAGAAGUUGGGCUACGACGUGACCCCCAGUGAGCUGCAGAGCCCCUCCCUGGGGCCUGGGGCACAAGGGCUCCACAAGUACUGAACUGUGCCAGGAGGUGCUCAAAAGGCUCACAGAGAAGCUGAGCACUUUGUGGCUUUUUAGGGAAAGGGGGAGCUGGUUAAACUGAGAGAAUUAUUCCAAAAGAAACACAAGCCCGUGAGGCUUUGGAAUAACUACCAGGUACAGUCCUUUCAGUAAGUUACAGGUUGAAGUAUUAUGUAAAUUAAUGCCAUCAGAUAAUAUUUGGCAUUUUUAUGAGCAGUAUCAGACUGUCUCACAGUCUGGGACAAAAUGUUUUUAUAACAGCCUUUUGUACACUUUUUAUAUAAAUAAUGAAAUGGAAAGUUCACGGUUGCAGCAGUUUUCCCGUGGUUAAAAAAUCAAGAUGCAAUCAACAGCAAACUCUGUUCUUUUUAGCAAUUUUGGGUUUUUUUGUGGUACAAAUGGGGAACUGAAAUUAUUGCACCUUCCAAAAACAGUCCAGUGAAAUGCACCCCCCUCUGAGCAUUUCUUUUAGGCUGAAUAAACCCAAUUGUAUAAAUAUAUUUAUUUGUCUUUCUGCUGCUCGGGGCUUUUGUUUGUGCCCUAAAUCAUCCAGGCUCUGCUCUUACAGGCACAGGAGAGAAAGAAGUGCAUGUAACAAUGGAAUGACUAAUUGCUUAGUCAUCUUCAGAUUGAAUUUUGGGCAUGUAACCUCUUGUGUUUGACUGCAAAUCCCAGGAGGUGCCUGGGAGAGUGAGGAUACCACCCUAGAAGUGAACUACCAAGACGUCAAACUGUAGAAACACAAGGAAUAACACACAGUGAGGAACCACAAAGCCUCCAGGACAAAGAAUCCAGGCAGAGAUUGUUCUUAUUUCAUGCUGAGCAGCGAGAUCGAAUAAAUAGCAUUUCUGAAAACA